AUGUCUACACGCAAGCAAAAAGUACCCGGGCCUUCACGAACGAAAAUACUGGAAGACCGCCAUCGCCGUGCCAAGGCUUUGGUCACUCGUCUCCAUGCUCAAUAUCCAGAUCUUGAGCUCGGCAAGAAGUUGAGUGACAUCUUCGACUCGCCUCCUGCAUCACCUGAUCCACAAUUGGAUAUCCUAGGUACUAGUGAUCACACCCCUAGCAGCGGGGUGCCCGACACGAUCGAUGACAAACCUGGUUCAACGUCAAACCAACAUGUGAGCGGACGCCAUGGUGACAAAGCGAUAAAUAAAAUCGUAAUUAAUGAUAGGCCACUGGGAUCCACUCCGCCGCCCAGUAUCGGCGAAGAUGAAGAAUCGAUGGUCAAAGAGGAUCAUAUCGAUGAUGGGUUACUAUUUGCGAUUGAUCGACCACAGUUCCACCAUCAAGCAUUACUGUCCCCGUUUUCGACGCAACCUCAAGUGGCAUUCCAUGGACAGCCUGCCAUGUAUUCACAAACCGUGGGAUCCUUUACAUUCCCAGCGACCACUGAGUCCAGUAUUGGACAAGUGAUGACUGAAGUUCCGUAUCCGGAGGGGUCAACUUGGCUACACGGUGAUAUUUCUGGACACUUUUGUCAACAGAUUCCACAUAAUAUUACCGGUAACUUUUGA